AUAGACACGGUCGUGGCAGCGGUCGGCACGCAGGCAAAAUUCAUUAUAGAAUGGAGCGUCUAGCCAAGCUGUCUUCCACAAGAGUUUUUCAUCGUCAUCGUAACAAGGAUGGUCUGCAAGAGUUGUAUGAAAUUGAACAUCUCGAUGAAGAUGUUGAAGUCAACAUAGAUGAUCUGGUUAAGGAACUGAAAUUUUCUGUUCCAACCGAUCAAACGAAAGGUUAUAUUAUAAGUCUAUAGAGACGUACUACAAAAUUUCGACAGGAUUUGCGUAAAGAAGGAACACUUUUGAUGUUCAUGACUGAUUUCCCGGUAGCUUCAGCUUUUUGUGGUUUAUUGAUUUCCGAAGAUUAUAAGUUGAUGAAACCUGGAGCGUCUGCGUUCGUAGAAACUUGGGACAGUUUGCAAUUACGAGUACUGGAGCGUCAACACGAGAUGUUUCGUUACAUUAAAAACAACUUCAUCAGAGCGGUAGCCAUAAUACGGGUAAAAAACCCAACCCGUGGAUCUAAACGUUUGCGGGAUCAGAAUGAAGAGGACUUUUUAAAGACUAAUCCCCUUCAUGGUGUGGUUCAAUGGAUCGAAGAUGGACAAACAUUGCCUGUUCCAGAAAUUCCACAAGUUAUCAUCGUUGGGCCAGAAUUCCACGAUGGUCUGGAAAGAUAUUGCAAUUCCGACAGGAGCAGACAUUUUGACUGCUUUCGAUAUUCUGUGCAAAGCAUUCACCGUCUUCAACGUGAAAUGUGCGGCUUCGGAUAA